GGCGUGCCCGAUCGACGAGGAGGCGGCGGCCGAGCUGCGCAGCCUCCGCGGGGCGUCCGCCGCGGCGGCGCCGGCGGAGGGGCUCACGGCGGCCAGUUCGCUGAUGUCAGUGGUGGCGCGCGAGCUGUUCCCGCGCGUGCUGGAGGACUGCCCUCGCAGCCAGGAGGCCCGCCUCGAUCUCGCCGCGGAGUGCUGGGAACGCGGAGGUCGUGCGGGCGACGUCGAGGGCGCUGGCCUGUACGUGGCGGCCUGCCUGGCAAUGGGCGAGACUCGCCGCUCGCAUCUCGUGCUGGAGGAGCUGCUGGACGCGGGCGUCGACAUGAGGCUGGCCUUUGAGCCCAGGUUCCUGGAGGUGCUGCAGGAGAAGGGCCUGCUUGCACCAGAGCACGCCGCCGCGCCCACGCAUGGGAGCCUCCAGGCGCUGGUGCAGCGCGCCGCCGCGCUCGCGAGGCGCUGCGGCGGCGCUGGGGUGUUCGUCCGCCGCCACGGGGCGCUCCUGCUCGCGCCGCCCGCGGACGCGGGGCCCGGCGCCGUGCGGGUGCUGGCCGAGGGCUUCAACCACCCCGCGCCGCCGCUCGGGCCCCGGGGCAUGGAUAAGUGGCGCGGUCUGGUGAGGACGUUCGCGUCGGCCGAGGAGGCUGCGGACGCGGGGCUGCGGCCGAGGCUGUGCCGGCCGAGGCCCUCGCAGCGGCAUGCGGAGGUGCAUUGCCUGCUGCAGCUGCCGCGGCUGGGCGACGCGGCAGGCACACGCUUGCUGGUCGUGGAGCUAGCGGACGUGGGCCCCGCCUUCCGCUGGGCCGAGCCCUGCUCCCGGGUCUGCAUGCACCUGCUGAUGAAGCACGGCGUAGCAAGGAUGCUCUUCACCGAUGGCAGAGGGGGCCUGGUGGACCGAGCUGUGCACCACACGCCCGAGCUCGACAUCCCCCAG